UUGACUCCACUUCUAAACUACCCGUUUCGGUUUUUACGCUCCCUUUCUUUCUUUAUACUGAAGACCGUUUCGCUGUUUACGCUCUCUUCACUUCUUUCUUCUCAAGACCACCGCUCCAAAACCAUCCUCACACCUUCCGGCAGCUUUCUUCCUUCUUUCUCAAUCGUUAGGUCAGGUUCGGCAGCGUUUUCCGGUUUCUUCCUUCUUUCUCAAUCGUAUGGUGCUGGCAUAUUGACAGCCAUGAGUAGUAUUUCCAAGAAAGAUGAAGGUGGGAAAAUAGUCCAGCCUAGUCGGUCGUUAGAAUCACCUGAGGAUGAUAAUUGCAAAACGGUCAAGCUCAAGCGUAGUCGACCGUUUUCUCCAGAAGUAACUGUUAAUGGAGGUAGUCAGCCAUCAGUAUCCGCAGAAGAAGCUGAUAAUGAUAAUAGAGAUAACAUCGAAGGAGGAGGAGAUGGUAAUUUAAAGAAGGGUUCAUGGACACCUGCUGAGGAUGCAAUUUUGGUAGAAUAUGUUCAAAAGUACGGAGAGGGAAAUUGGAGUGCGGUCCAAAAAAUAUUUGGACUUGCUCGUUGCGGAAAGAGCUGUCGCCUAAGAUGGACAAAUCAUUUGAGGCCUGAUCUGAGAAAGGAUGCAUUUACCGCAGAAGAAGAAAAGUUACUUAUUGAACAACACUAUUUAUUAAGAAAUAAAUGGUCUCGAAUUGCUCUGUCGUUGCCUGGGCGUACAGAUAAUGAGAUAAAAAACUAUUGGCACACAAGAGUAAAAAGAAUGAAAAAAGCUGGCUUACCGAUCUAUCCUGAGGAAAUAGUGCAAAGGGCGAACAACAUGAAUCAAGACCAUUUAAAUGACGAUGUGGUAGCCAACCAAAAUGAUGAUGAUUCACAAAGAGAAAACUUCGAGAUACCUGAUGUGGUAUUUAAAAGUUUCAAACUCUGUCCAGAUGCAAUUGUUCUACCACCACAGUUAAAUAUGCAAGGAAGUGGUUUGGUUGAUCAAAACAUAGACUCAAUCUAUAAUAUCUUGUUUGUGCCUCCCUCAAAGCGUGCUCGAUUGGAAGAUACAACAUUCAAUCGUCCAGACAAUUAUACCAGUAAUGCUGCUGCUAUUCCAGUGUUUGAUAAGUGUGAAAAUUACUGUAUGUUGUCUCCUUCUCCCAGUGAUUCUAUUCUCGACAAUAGCGAUCAGUUUCAUGAAGACGAUGAUAACCUUACUGUCGACAAUCACGAACAUGAUGAUAACCUUACUUUCGAUCAUCAUGCAUUAAACAAUAUCUCUUCUUCUGAACCCAUAUAUGAUGGGUGCAUGAGAAAUGAGCUCCCUUCAUUCCAAAAUUUAGAGACUCAACAAUGUAGCUUGGACAUGCCUGCGUCCCGAUUUCCUUUGCAUGAGUCUGUCGACGCAUCGAUUCAGUUUCCUCCGAUCGAGGAUUCUAAUCAAUCAAUUCUUUAUCCUGACAAUCGUGGUCCACUCAAUACAACAAGUUCAUUCCACAACCAUUCAAAUGGCACAAACUUGCAAGAGGGAAUGGAAAGAACCGCGUUGAAUGAGGCAUUCAAGAGCUCAACUUACAAUGCAUAUGAGGAGUCUUCUGCUCAAUUUAUGUCUUCUGACUACAACAAUAAUCAUAUUAGCAUGUUCUCAAUGGCUGAGUCUUAUUCUUAUCCACUUGAAACUCCUGACGGUUAUGGUGGUAUUAAUCAAAAUGCCCAGUUCAUAGAUAAUUCUUUCAUUAACGGAGAUUUGGAUCAACUAAAUUUGACACACCAAGAUGCUUUGCCCGACUUCAAUUCUCAUUAUAUUAUUCAAAAUGCACAGUUAAUAGAUAAUUCUUUCAUGCACGGAGAUUUGAAUCAACUAAAUUUCACGGCCCAUUCUUCCAUGGUAGGAAGUUUGAAUCAAAUAGAUUUAGCCCACCAUUUGUCCAACUUCAAUGCUCCAGGUAUUAAUCAAAAUACAUUUAAUCAGUUUACAGAUGGAUAUCUGAAUCAAGAUUUGACGCAAGCAGAUGACUUUAGUUGGUGUAGGUAUAUUAGUGAGCCAAAUACUGAAUAUAUUUGAUCAAUCUACAAUUGUUUUUUAAGAAAUAUGAUUGAUUUGCAUUUGUAAGUGUUUGAUGUGGAUUUGAUUGAUUAGCACAGAAUAUAUUUGGUCAAUCGGUGAUUUGUAUAGUUAAGGGUUUGAUCUAGAUUUUAUUAGAGUGUCAAGAGUACUCAUGUUUUGAUAUUUAGUUUUAUCAAUUAAGAUUCAAGAAUACUC